AGACAAUGAGAAGCAUUUUUGUUUUAUAUUGGUAUGAUUUGACUCGAUUAACUAGCAGGAUAAUUCUUACUGUCGCUUUUUUGUAUUGUAUUUUAUUUUUGUAAGUUGAAGCCAAUCCUGCACUGUGAAUACAUUGAAGGCAACAUGAUAAUCGAGUACUGCUUUAACGAUGUGUCUCUAUAAAGGGAGCACCUUCUCAUAUCAAUCAGUGUCAUGUCACCAAAUGCCACCAAACAGCUGUGGAAGAAGCGGCUAAUGUGAGCCCUCCUGGACCCUCUCUGUUAGCCAUCAUGGGAUGUGGCACCUCUGUCGCCACAGAAAAGCAAGGGGAAACGCUGGAGCAAGUUUUCCCUUCAUGCAGAUGAACCAGUUAAGACUCCCAGCCCGGCUCUGACUAUGAAGGCAGCUGUUUUGAUCCAGCGAUGGUACCGGCGCUACAUGGCCCGUCUUGAGAUGAGACGCAGGUACACCUGGAACAUUUUUCAGUCUAUUGAAUACGCCGGGGAACAAGACCAGCUACAGCUCUCUAGUUUCUUCACUUUCAUGCUGGACAACUUCACUCAGCUGAAUGGGAAUGGGCCAGACUUGAUCUCCCAGCUGCUGGAUCCAGUGGUCGACCCAUGGUUAGACAGAGAAACCUGCUACAACUUGAUCCAUGUUCCAGAGUCCUACACCGGACCUAGACUGUCGUUUCCUCUCUCUGUCGCUGAUACAAAUGCACUCCUGAGUGCUUUUAAGGAUCAGCAGACUCUCCAUGCCAGAUAUGUUCUCCAGCUGCUGUAUGAGACCAAAAAGCUCCUCAAACAGAUGCCAAACAUAGUCCACUUGUCGACAUCCUACUACAAAGAGAUCACUAUAUGUGGUGAUCUGCAUGGGCGACUCGAUGACUUACUACUUAUAUUUUAUAAGAAUGGCCUUCCCUCUGCAGAGACACCGUACGUGUUUAAUGGGGACUUUGUGGACCGUGGAAAAAAGUCAGUUGAAGUGGUUAUCCUGCUGUUUGCCUUCCUUUUGCUUUACCCAGACUACAUGCACCUGAACCGAGGAAACCAUGAAGACCACAUAAUGAACCUCAGAUACGGGUUCACAAAGGAAGUCAUGCAGAAGUACAAGACUCAUGGCCGUGAGAUCCUUCAGCUGUUUCAGGAUGUUUUCAGCCUCCUGCCCAUCGCAACAGUUAUAGACGGAAAGAUUCUGAUCGUUCACGGAGGAAUUUCAGACCAGACUGAUCUGGACUUCCUGAGCUCCAUAGAGAGACACAAGGUGAAAUCUGCCCUGAGAUUUCCCAGGUGCAGUUUGGAGCACCUGGACAUCAGUCAGUCCUGCAGACAGACCAAAAGAACGAGAUCCACAGACAGCUCUCGUCCCAGCAGCAGUCGCAGUCAAAACAAGAACCAAAGGACACCCAACACGAGGAAGAAGCGAUGCAGGCUCAGCCGACAAGACAGCGCCGCCUCCACCUCUUCCUCCUCCUCGUCUUCCUCGUCUUCCUCUUCACUCUGCUCUCCUCGAACCCCAUCCUGCCUCUCCCCGCAUGCUUUUCCAUCUUCUCCUUGCAUGCCUUACUCUGUUAACGUCCUCCAAGUGCCUUUCCUGGACUCUCUGUCCUCCAUUCCCCUCCCGUCACCUUCGCAGCAUGAGCAGGAAUGGAAGCAGAUAGUGGAUAUAUUGUGGAGUGACCCUAAAAUCCAAGAUGGCUGCAGUCCCAACACCUUUAGAGGUGGAGGCUGCUACUUUGGCCCUGACGUCACCCAGAGACUACUGCUCCAACACGGACUCCAGCUGCUCAUCCGCUCUCAUGAGUGCAAACAAGAAGGAUACGAGUUCUGUCACAAUGGAAAGGUGAUCACCAUCUUCUCUGCGUCCAAUUAUUACGAGGAGGGAAGCAACCGAGGAGCCUAUGUCAAACUGGGGCGAGAGCUGGUGCCUCGCUUCUACCAGUACCAAGUCAGCCGGACCACUCGCAAACUUACACUGACACAGAGAGUGCGAGCCGCUGAGGGCUCUGCUCUCAGAGCCUUAAAGGAGAAGCUGUUCGCUCACCGCUCCGAGCUGAUGGUCGGCUUCCAGCAGUACGACCAGAAUAACACAGGUCGUGUGUCGGUCUGCGAGUGGGCUCUGGUUCUGGAGUCUGUACUGAGACUGGACCUGCCGUGGAGGACGCUUCGUCCACACUUAGCCCGUCUGGCACCAGAUGGCAGCCUGGAGUAUCAGUCCUGCUUCGAGGAUAUGGGACCAGGCAUUCCCCUGCCGCAGGUCACUCCAAAUUUGGCCGAAACUCUGUUCAGAUACAGGACAGACAUUGAGAUAAUAUUCAACAUCAUAGACAAAGAUCAUUCAGGUCUAAUUUCCAUUGAGGAGUUUCGUCAAACUUGGCGUCUUUUUAGCGCUCACUUGGGGGUUGCCAUCGACGACAGUGCCAUUGAUGACCUGGCCCGGAGUAUUGACUUUAAUAAGGAUGGCAGUAUAGACUUCACUGAGUUCCUAGAGGCAUUUAGAGUGGUACACAAACUGGACAGCAAAGAUCAGCAACUGCAUGAAAAGAUGGAUGGAGAGAAGAGGACAGGCUGAAUACUAAACUGUGGAAGUACCGAUGUAGGAUACUGUAGGAUAUAACAAAGAAUACUUGAAGACCAUACCACUGGAAGUGAUUAGGUCAUGAUUCAUUGGCAGAUUUCUCGAUUGUGGUGUGUGGGUUAAGGUUAGGAGGGGUAUGGCUCCGGGAAUGCCAAUAUCUAAGGCUGAUUUAAAUAAAGUGAUAUAUCUCAAAUUUUAUUAUGUCUUUUAUUGCACCACCAGCUUUUUAGAGGGGCUGACUGUGGAAAAAAAAACGUCUUAACAACUGCUGGCUCUAGUAAAAUGAAUAUUUCAAAGAACAGCACAAUAGAGUGAAAAACCUUUACAGUGAGCUGAUUAAAAAAAUCAGCUACAAAAUCAGAAGAAGCUCUCGAGGCGUUGUGUACUUCAGGCACUGUUUGAUUUACUUUUAUUCAUUUUCUUCCACAGAAAUUGAACUGAAAAAUAUGGUGCGAUUGAAAAAGCUUGUACAGCUGUGCCUAAUAAAGUUGACUGAAUGUAGGUUUACAAGUAUUGGUGUAAAAAAGACUUCCUUUUUUUUUCUUAAUAAAAUAAAAAUAAUA